AUGGAGUGGGACAGCGAAGUCGACAACGCCGCGGCGGCGUCGGCGGCAGCGCGGAGGAGCAGGAGGAGGAGGGGAGGAGCGGGAGGCGAGGGUGGAGGUUUUGUUGCGUUGAAGCAUGCUCACAUAUAUGCCAAUCUCUUUUCAGCGAAAAUCCCCUUUCCGUUGACUCAGAGAUUCAGGGGAAUGCUGCAAAAUGGGAUUGACCUGAGCACUGUUGCUGUCAGCUAUGUCAGCAGCCGUUCAUGGUAUUUCCUCAAUUUAUUUGGCUUGAGGGGUCUUUUCAGUCUGAUUCUUGGUGAAGAAAACGCAACUGAUGAUGCACAAAAAAUGAUGCAAAUGGGCGGUGGAUUUGGAUUUAACCCAACAAUGUGUCAAAAUGUUUAG